AUGGAAGCUCUGCUUUCUCCUACAGGUUCUGAUGGAGGUCACUACAGCACUAUGGCUUACACAGUUCCCCCCAGUGAUGUGAACGAGCACACAGCACAAUUUGAUUGGAACCCACGUCCUGAAGACGAAGGUGAUGAAGAACCAUAUAAAACACGGAAUUUAAAAGAGCUGCCGCUUCCAAUGGGACUGAAAAGAGCAAUAUGGCAGGUACAGCAGAUGAAGAUACCUGUUGUGUCUCGUUGGGGGUCUUGGCGUUUUCAUCAGUCUAAACUGAUUCAGCGUUUUGGUAAAAAUGCUGGGGAGGUUUUAUCUAAAGUGCAGCUCUGGAGGAGACCAGUGCAGAAGAUUGGAGGACAUUUUGGAGGAGGUGUUCAGUCCUACUUUCUGUUCCUGAGGUUCCUGGUCAUUCUUAAUUUCCUGUCCUUCCUGCUGAUGGCGGGGUUCGUUAUCAUCCCGAGCAUUGUGUUUCACUCAGACAUGUCCAGAAAUGAAUCUCUCCUUCCCUCCAUCAACCUCUCAGGUGUGGAGGUGUGUGUUCAAUACGACCCUUAUCCUGAACCUCUCACCAUUUAUUUCACCUACUUCCUGGAUCUGCUGUCAGGAACGGGUUUUAUGGAGUACUCGUACCUGUUUUAUGGGUUUUAUAAUAACACAGAGAUCAUGAGUGUUGGGUUCUCCUACAACAUCCCACUGGCCUACUUGCUCACUGCUGCCUUCUACUUCUUGUUCUGCCUCGUCUGCAUCAUAGUUCGGAUGGGAGGCCUGGCGCGGGUCGUCAUAGGGAUGGACAAAGGUAGAUUUGGAGGGUACAGUGCUCUGAUUUUUACGGGAUGGGAUCACGGCAUCGAGGGAGAUCGAGCCAUCAAGAUGAAACAGAACAACCUGCGAUACCAACUACAGGUGGAUCUGGAGGAGGAGAGGAUUAAACAAAAAAACGCCUCUCUGACUCUUUCUCAGGCUUUAGCUCUUUAUUCUCUCCGAGUUUUCCUCAGUCUCGUAGUUCUGGCGCUGAUCGUGGGAGCGUUCUUUGGAAUCGCCGCUGCAACCCAGUACAGCCAGUCAGAGCAGCGGACGGGCAUUGUGGGAUUGCUGCUGGAGUAUCUGCCCUCCAUCGUUAUCACCGCUAUUAAUUUCGUGGUUCCGUUCCUGUGUGAUCAGAUCGCUUUGCUGGAGAAAUAUUCACCCAGUACCACUGUGAUCCUCGCCCUGCUUCGUGCGGUGUUCCUGCGGCUAGUGAGUUUAGCUGUACUGCUGUACACUCUGUGGAAACAAAUCACAUGUAACGGAAACACAAACACACACGACUGUUCAACCUGCAGCUACAACUACACAAAAUAUCAGUGCUGGGAAACACGUGUUGGACAGGAAAUGUACAAACUCACUCUGUUCGACUUUCUGAUUACCAUUGCUGUGAUGAUCCUUGUGGAGUUUCCACGCAGGUUAGUGGUGGACCACUGUUCGUGUAAGCUGGUUCAGCUGGUGGGUCGUCAGGAGUUUGUGGUGGCAUCCAAUGUGCUGGCGCUGGUGUACAGUCAGACUGUAGUUUGGAGUGGUGCCCUGUUCUGUCCCAUCCUGCCCUUCAUCAAUACCAUCAAAUUCAUCAUCAUCUUCUACUGCAAAAAGGUCACUCUGUUCCAGAACUGUCGUCCAGCUCUAAAAACGUUUCGUUCCACCACCUCCAACUUCUUCUUUUUCCUGGUUCUUUUGUUUGGCUGGAUUCUCUCCAGUGUGGUGCUCAUUUACAGUGUGGCCAAUAUUCAUCCAUCCUAUGGUUGUGGUCCGUUCCGUUUCUCCUCAUCAAUGUGGAGCAUCGUUCCUGAUUCUAUCUAUCCUUUAACUAACACCACCACGGAAUUUCUCUUCUACGUGGGCUCUCAGGCCUUCUCCAUUCCUCUGUUCAUCUGCUCCUGUGUGUUGUUGUGUUAUGUAGCAGCUUUGGCCUCAGUUUAUGGUAAAACUGUGGAUCUGCUGAAGAAGCAACACAGACUGGAAGGACGAGAUAAACAGUUCCUGGUUAGACAGAUUAAAGAAGCGAGUGCAGAGGUCUGUGAAAACGAGCGAGAACAUCUGUCCCCAGUGAGAGAGAGACGGAGACCGAGAGACACCGAACCAAACUGGGAAGAACAUUACAAUCCUGCAUUUGAACCAGAUGAAGAACAAACCAAACCAACCAGAGCUUUCUACUCAGAGGAAUUUCAGAAUUAUGGAGCUUAUUAAAUCAGUCAGUGGGACUUUAAACUAUUUUUUGGUGAGCUUCCCCCAGUUCAACACCUUGGUCCAAAAACCAUCCCCAAUACAAAACAUGGGCACACAGAACACAAUACUCAACACAAAACUUGCAACUAUACAAAGAGAACAAGACACACUCUUUAAAAUAUCAAUUUAUUUAUUUAAUGUACAAGGUUAUCCAACACCCAUAUCACCUUUGUGGAAAAGAAAGUGUCCCCUUGGUUACUCAGCUAACCAGUUCAACUGAGGAUUAAGCAAACGCUGCUAAAUGAACACAGAACCAUACCGUCAAAUAGUCACCUUAAACGUUCUACAGGAACACUAUGCCGUGAACUAAAAACAUUCCUGAAAAGCUGAGCGGAAAAAAGUUUGAGUAUAUCAGCCUGGAAUAUGUAACUAGACCAUUUAUAUGGCUCCAGGACUACACCGAACAACAGUGAGAGCCACAAUUUGCAGAUUGAGUAAACUUGAAAUCUGAAAUGGGCAAAUACUUUUCCACACCACUGUAUAUGUGUGGGGUCUCAAUAAAAAAAAAAAAAAGAACUAUUUUAGUAUGUGGACACCUGAUUUUGAUCAUGAGCUUGUUGGACAUCCCAUCCCAAAACCAUGGGCAUUAUCACAGAUCCCCAGAAUGGAAAAGUGUCUUUCCCAAAGCGCUACCAGAAACUUGAAACCAUAUACUUUAUUUGAUGGAAACGAUUUAAUACACCUGGUAACAACGAGUGUGGCUAAAACACCUGAGCUCAAUAAUUUAAGUGGGUGUUCACAUACUUAUGGCCAAAUAGUGUAGGUCAGAGUGCAAUAUUAUAGUUUCUAUAUAGUUUUAUGAUAAAUCUGUUAUUGUGUUUAUAUGUACAGAAUGAAACAGUUCCUCUACAGCAGCUCAUGAGCAAACUGGAAUGUUUCAAUGGUUUAAUCACUGUGGACUGUAAUAGAACAUGUUAAACUCAGUGCUGUAAUUUAGUGUCUAUGUAACAUGUUAUACAAUUGUGUGUAA